AUGCUUAUGACUCAAUUUAAACAACGUCUCUACUUGAAUUUUAGGCGUUUUAAUGGACAAAAUUCAUCAAAAAGAGAGCGCAUUUGUGAAGAAGAUUUAGUUCAUAAAAAUAUGGAUCGAGUCGAAGCUGAGCGAUGCCUUCUAAACCACGAAAUUGGAGCCUUUCUUAUAAGAAGGCGAGAUAAUGAUAAUUUGGCAUUGUCGAUACGAGCUGUCAACGGUAAUCUGCACAUAAAACUUGAAUUUCGUAACAAUCGAUGGGUGCUUGGUGAAGGUCCAUCAUUUAACAAUAUAUUAACGAUUGUUAAUUAUUAUCGAACUCAUGAACUUCCAGUGCGAGGUGCUGAACGAAUGAUUCUCAGAACUCCUAUCCUCGUUUCAACUGUUGAUUCUAAUAUGUAUGCAUAA